AUGGACGCCACGGCGGAGCUCAAUGAGCUAUUUGUCGCAUCUUUCCCGGAAGGUCUUCCCCAAGAUGUCCUCGCCGAAUUACAAUCUAUCCUUCGAAUCCAUUCAAUCACCGCAGAGGAGCUCUUUUACAAAUGGGAGUCCUAUAGUAUCAAGAUGGGCGAUGAGGUGAAAUUGAGCAUGGAUACGGUACGCGGUUUCAAGCAAGAUGUGCAAGAAGCCCUUGAGCGCGAGACUCGGGGCAAGCCUGGACGACAAAAUGAGAAGAGGAACGCCGUCACCGCGACCCCGCGUGCUGCAGCCGGCGCAGAUAUGUUCGGAAUGUUGGAUGACUUGACCCCCAAUGCCGCAAAUGGCCGGUCCCUGCACAGUGUUACUGGCUCCGUCAAACGCAAGAACAAUUUCUCAUCGCCUGUCGCACCCAAGCUGGGCCGAAUUGAGCAGAAUGGAUCACCUAUGGCAAAGGGUCAAGCUCUCAUGGCAAAUGGAGGCGGCACUCCUAGCGGCACACAAUCGGUUUCAUUUUCUGAGCGACAGAAUCCCGGUCAAACACUCGAAUCACUCAACUCUCAAUUGUCGCUGCCAGAGACCCCGAUGGCACCCUUUUCCGAAGCGCGCAUCAAGCCCACGGCCAAUACGGAUCUGAAAAAGUUCGGCUAUAAGCCCAUGGGAAUGCGACUGUCGGAGGCUUCAGAGAUAUUGGACGAUCGAAUUGAUGAAUUUGCCGCGAUCUUCCAGAAGCACUACGACUCGGACGAACUCACUUUUGGCAGCGCGGCUACCCAAAGCACCAGCGAAAUUAUUGCUAUUGGACGAAUUGCCUCAGAUUCACUAGAGGGAAAGCUCAACCCAGCUUCCCUUGUUCUCGAGACGUCGCGCCGGACAGGUGCUGGAAGACGAGUACCCCUAAAGGUUGACUCUGUUCCGGGCUUGAACUUUUUCCCCGGCCAAAUCGUCGCUCUCCGAGGCAUCAAUCCCUCUGGUGAUUACUUUACCGUAAAAGAGAUCCUGCCCAUACCUCUCUUGCCUCCUGCUGCGUCCACGGCGGUGGCUCUCGAUAACAUUAAUGAACGUCUCAACAAUGGAGAUGCCAACCCCCCCCUCAAUGUCAUGGUGGCAGCAGGUCCCUUCACAGCGGAUGAUAAUUUGGAAUUCGAGCCUCUGCAAGAACUGUGUCAGAAAGCCGCAGAUAACUAUGCCGACGGACUUGUUCUGUUGGGACCAUUCCUGGAUAUUGAGCACCCCCUGCUUGCAUCUGGGGAUUUUGACUUACCGGACAUAAAGGGUCUCGAUCCGGACACUGCGACACUUACUACAGUCUUCCGCCACUGUAUAUCUGCUCCUCUCGCCCGUCUUGCAGCAGCAGUUCCCAGUAUCACCAUUGUAUUGUUACCGUCAGUGCGGGAUGCUUUAAGUCGGCACGUUUCAUGGCCUCAAGAGCAGCUUCCCAAGAAGGAACUUGGCCUCCCAAAACAAGUCCGGAUGGUCUCCAAUCCCGUGACAUUGUCCUUCAAUGAGGCUGUUUUCGGCAUGUGCUCCCAUGAUGUACUUUCCGAACUCCGCCGUGAGGAGGUUCUUCACGGCAGGCUCGCCGAGGGCAACUUGCUAAGCCGACUGCCAAAGUAUCUCCUUGAGCAGCGUCACUUCUUUCCACUUUUCCCUCCCACAGCACGUGCAAAUCUUCCCAAGCCCGGGUCCGAGGGUGGCCUAGCGACGGGAGCCAUGCUGGAUUUGCCCUAUAUGAAGCUGGGCGAGUGGUGGAACGUGCGACCCGACGUGCUGAUUCUACCUAGCAUGCUUCCACCUUUUGUCAAGGUCGUCGAUAGUGUCCUCGUCAUCAACCCCGGCACUUUAUCCAAGCGCCGUGCCGCAGGCACCUACGCCCAGAUGGCCAUCCACCAGCGAAGCAUCACAGACGAGGAGCGCGAGCAGAAGCAACUUGACCACAAGCUCUACGAGCGAGCCCGCGUAGACAUCAACAGGAUCUAA